UAAAGCAACAAGCUAAAUCGUAAUACAAUGGCGUUCUCUUCAAAAGGUGUCAUCUACGCGCUUGAAACAUUCGAAAGUGCGCCCGAACAUAUAAAACAUAAAUCUAAGGAGUUCGUGGCAGCAGGGCUUCUGUAUACAGGAGAAUAUAAUGAAGUGUAUUGUGAGACGUGUGAAGUAAAAAUCAACGCUCCCAACGAGGACAUUGAUCCGUGGGUUUCUCACCAUAAUGCAAAGCCGGAUUGCCUUUACUUGAACAUAAUACAAAAGUACGUACCCGGCCAAUCGGUACCGCUCGAAGAGGAAAACAAAUGUGACCUUACCAAAUUCUUGUCGUUUGUAGCUACGUCCUACGAUAAGGCACCUGCCGCGUUGAAAGCGAAAGCAGCAAGGCUUACUAUGUCGGGGUUUUACUACACUGGGCGAGGCGACCAAAUAGAAUGUUGCAGCUGUAAAGAGACCUACGAAAGUUUACCUCGGGAUGUGGAUCCUUGGGAGUGGCAUUUAAAAUCGAAGCCAAAUUGUGAAUACGUUCAACUGGUGCAAAAAUAUGCGCUCAUUGACGGUUCAGGUAGUCAAGACUUGCCAGCGAAAGUUGCGUCUUAUGAGAAAUCUCCUGACGUUUUAAAGAAAAAUUCGGGGCAAUACGCAAUGGCUGGUUUUUUCUACACGGGCUAUUCCGAUCGAGUGCACUGCCGUAGUUGCAACUUGACAUUAUCCGAUGUUACAGAUGCGACCGAUCCUUGGAAAGAACAUGCUAAGUUCCAACCAGAUUGUGAAUACAUUACCAUUGUCCAAAAAUUCGGUAUUCUGAAUGCUAUGAACCAACAAGAUUUGCCGACGAAUCUGGAAUCAUAUAGCAAAGCACCCGCAGUGCUGAAGAAAGCGGCUCGAAGAUGCGCCUUAGCGGGCUUUGUAUACACUGGAUACAGUGACCAAGUAUUAUGCCGUAGUUGCAAUACAUCUAUUUCCGAAUGGACCGAGCAUGACGACCCCUGGGAAAAGCAUAUUACCAGUGCCCCAAAUUGUAAAUACGUUGAGACUCUGAAAAAGCACGAAUUGAUUGACUUAACAGAUCAGGAUUUACUGACGAAGAUAACAUCUUUUGAGUUAGCACCUAGAAAUCUGCGGAAAAUCAGAGGUCGAUUUGCCUUGGCAGGUUUCUUCUACACAGGACAAGGUGAUAGGGUGAAGUGUUAUAGCUGUGGCUUCAAUCAAGCCAAUUGGCCAGAUGAAACAGAUCCGUGGCAAGAGCACCUUGACAAUUCUCCGGAUUGUAGAUAUGUUAAACUGCUUCAAGAGCAUGAUGUAUUUCCACAAGAAGACAAUAUAAAUGAGGAUGACAGCGAAAAUGAGACAAUAUAAAUGAGGAUGACAGCGAAAAUGAGGACGUGUGAAGAACAUAAAAUCAUUCAUACUUUCUUCUCUUAUUUGUCAGUCACAGCAACGUCCCAAAUGUGAAAACCAACAUCUUGUUUCUAUCAAAAUAAUAAACAAUAAUAAUCGUUUAAUCAAUUAAAAAGUGAAAAUGAAAAUCUUUUCUUUUUUGAUACUACAUCUUAAAAAUAAAGAUGUUAGGUGGUGUUCAGUUAAGUUUUGGUAUUUUAACGUUACCUGUCGUUUAGGCCUAACCCUAUAGUCUUCUUAAGACAAGGAUUGAUUUUGUAGCCACAAUUAAAGUUCCGCAGUGUCAUAUAACUAUACUGAGUGCGUGGUUCAACAUUCAUACUGUUGGAUGUAGGUCUUACCAAAAUCUCCACCCGAAGGUCACUUGUCUGCUUGGACACAAUCACAACCCCCAUGAAACUCUCGCUAGGAGGCCAACCGCUAAUAAUCGGGCUGAAAUUACAUGCCCCAGGAAUUCUCCUAAGACAUGUAAAUUCAGAGGGCUAUCCCGGUGGCCGACGCCACUUCAGAUGACUUCCCGUGCAAAUUCGGGUCUGAUCGUCUUAAAUUUUCACCUACUGCUUCACGAACAGAAGCCGAGGCAAGUACAGCGUUUGCCGGUGCCA